AUGGAUCCUCUUCAUGGCCAGCAAGAAGAAGGUGGAGUUCCUCAAGCAGGUGGCCCACGGCAAAGGGGGGGAGGGCGCCAACGGCGUCCCCGCCAUCACCCUCCUCGUCCGAGAGAAGAGCGAGAGCAACAAGGCCAACUUUGAGAAGCUGAUCGAGGCCCUGAAGGGCAGCAAAAAUGGCCGCCGCCUGGGGGUCUUCUCCAAGGACAAGUUCCCCGGGGACUUCCUGAAGAGCUGGAACGAGUGUCUGACCCGCGAGGGCUUCGAGAAGGUGGACAUCAGCGGGGUGGUGGCCUACACCAUGGCGGCCAAGGAGGAGGGGGAGGUCAACCUGAUGCGCAAAGCGGCCGCCAUCACCUCCGAGGUCUUCACCAAGUUCUUCAAGGAACGGGUGAUGGAGAUCGUGGACGCCGACGAGGUGAGCGACAAGAACCACAUGCAUUUCGGGGCCAUCACCUGCGCCAUGGGCAUCCGGUACAAGUCCUACUGCUCCAACCUGGUGAGGACCUUGAUGGUGGACCCACCUCAGGAGAUGCAGGACCACUACGCCUUCCUCCUCCAGCUCCAGGAGGAGAUGCUCAAGGAGAUGAGACACGGAACCAAGCUCUGCGACGUCUACGCCGCCGUCAUGGACCUGGUGAAGAAGCAGAAGCCGGAGCUGUUGAGUAAAAUCACCAAGAAUUUGGGCUUUGCCAUGGGCAUCGAGUUCCGAGAAGGUUCCUUGGUCAUCAACAGCAAGAACCAACACCGCCUCAAGAAAG